ACGUCGAUGGCUGUCAAUUAGAGCGAAAAGUGCUGCCGCGGGAUCUUAUGAGUCGGUGCGUGAAGGCGUGGUCGAGGCCAGCAUGGAGAGCCUACUUUGCUUCCCUCCGGACCCCAACGUCUCGCGCUGCCUGCUUGAGACUCGUGGCCUCGUAGCGGUGCAGGGACAAAGAAAUAUGCAAAUUACGCAGAGCAAAAUGAAGGGAUCCAAGACGAAGAGAACGAGAAUGGUUUCGCACGCCCCUCAUCCGCGGGUCUAGAGCGCAACCAUGACACCCCCGGCAACGGCUGCCCCGACGAAAGCCAGCACCUGUCGUCCACCAGCGAGCAUGUCGAGAUUGCCAGGCGCGGCAUUGGCCCCAUUCGUGGCCACGCUUGCAGCCCCGUUCGUUGCGGUCGAUACAAUCGAUGAGCCGCCCUGCACCACGCCAGAGGUGACGGUGCCGAAGACGUGGGAGCCGCCGGAUGUGAGGGUGGUAACGGCCCCAGCUGCUCCGGAUGUGGCGGCUACGCGACGAAGGGGGAGAAAGUGAGCAUUAGAUUACGUCCCUGUAUUGCUGCAUCUCCUGCCUCGCCUCACGCGCUGCCUCGCCCCACGCGCACACUCACUGUAGAAAACCCC